AUGGAAGUAAGGAAAUGCGCAAGUGAAAACGAGGCAAAAAGCCGGAAAAUAAUGCGAUUUCCUUUUCAUCGCGGCGGUGAGCGUUUGCGAUCGAUGUUGGAGUAUUUCGAAACGAUAGCAUCUCAUGUAAAAACUGCUAUUAAAAUAGUUCGUAAAAUUGUACGAAUGUAUGUGCGUGAAGUUUCACGGUCGUCGCGUUCACAAGCAUCAUUGUCGUCAUCGUCGUUGUCGCCGUCGUCGUCACCUUUGAAUCAAAUCGAAUCCGAUUUUUGA